AUGUCGACGACCUAUGGCCCGCCUGUAGAAACGGGGGAGAUGAGAAUUGCGGAUGACACGGAUCCAUCCAUCCUCUAUUGGCAGCCCGCAAACUACACCGAUGGGUGGCAGUUGGUGACGAAUCAGAUUGCCUAUAACCAAACUCUCCAUGAGACCAAAUGCAUCAUCUGCACUGCGAGUCUCCUUUUCAACGGUACCGGCAUCACUCUCACAUCGCUCCUGUCACCGAAUGGGGCCAAGUUCUAUGCUAUUCUAGACGGCACGGCCUCUGGCCCGUACGAACUCUCCAACUAUGAGGAAAAAGUCGGUGUCGUGUACGCUGUGGAGGGCUUAUCUUCAACCUCUCGGCACAAUAUUACCUUUAUAAAGGCAUCUACAGACGGACAGGAUACCUCGGUCUUUAAUAUUGACUCUCUAACAAUCAUAGACAGGCCUCCUACGAGCUCUGGAUCGUCUGCAUCUCCCACUGCCACUGGUCGAACGACGGUGACGCAGCCAGGUGGAUCAUCACAGACCUCGGCAGCACCAGUUCCGCAAGCGCAGGCGUCCUCUCCGCCACCCAUAGGUGCAAUCGUUGGUGGAACCAUUGACUUCGACCUGAGUUUCGAAAGAAAUAUUCCGAUUCGACGGUUGGGAUUAAGCGGGCUUGUCGCUCCUUUCCGUGGUGCACAUCACAGCGGUCAGCCUCCGCCGCACCUCAAGAAAAUCAAGCCCAGAUUCGAGUCCAUCAAACCGCUCACCAAUUUGAAUGAUCAAAUCCUGCGCUCGGAGUUCAAGGCUUGGCCCAGCACCCUUGAAAACGUACUUCUCGACCCGCCAACAGACUUUUUGGCAAGCGCUCCGGAGCCGCAAAAAGUCGACCCAACACCUCCUAGAGCUCGAUACGAGCUUGGACCCGAUUCUCAAGCCUCGGCUGCUCUCAACGAACUCUGGGGAGGCAUUGCACGAAACGAAAUCGAGCCCAUCCUCGCCGGAUUCAAAAAGCUGCGGGAACGAAAUGCUCUCGCCAAGCUCUUAGACGCAGAUGUUAUUAAAAUCACCCAGCUCCUUUCGGACUACCUAUCAAGAGCGCCGGACGACCAGACGCGCCAGCUGGCUCAAGUAAUGGCCGCGCAUUUCGCUAUGCGGGGGGUCCCGGAGCCACUCAACGUUGCGAUGGCAUUUCAUCUUCGAAAAGGAGAUCAUGAGGCGAUUUUCGAGCUGUGGGACGAGACCCAAAACUGGGGCAAAUCCCAAGAGCUCCUCUCCAGCAAGCGAACAUGGGCAAUGGCCAAGGAUGAUAGGAUACUCUAUGUCGCUGCCGCUGCCGCCAUCUCCCAGGAAUUUCAACGAAUAGUGAACGCUAUACGGACGACCACUGCCUCCUUUGACGGACAGCGGCUCGAGGACUUUAUCCACAGGGAGAUGUUCGAGUUGUCCCCAGCCAUUCGUCAGCGGUUUAGAGAUUAUCUUCAUGAUGCGGUCCUCUGCAGGGACGUCCAACAGCAGCAGAUACUAUUCUCUCAGGUGGAGGAUCUUAUCCUCGCCCGCGACUCUGCUGCCAUGGCCAAACUCUUCAACUCGAUUGUUGAUGCACUGGAGAGAAAGGUUCUGGUCACUGGAGCUGUGAAUGUUCCGAGCGUCUCGAAACAAAUCUUCAUACCCAUACACGUCGGAGGCGCCCUAUGGUCAUUGCUCGUAUGGGGAGCGGUCCAUUGCCGGGACAUCAAACUAGCGGAGAGGAUCAUGGAUGGGAUGCAAAAAUACAACGUCAAGCCUCCCAUCAACUGUUGGAACUACCUCAUGUACGCGCACGCCAAGCAGGGAAGAAUCGACGAGAUCCAUAAAAUACUCGCCCGAAUCCAAGAAUCCAACACCGAACCAGACAUUCGCACCUACUCUAUUGUUAUGAGCUCCCUUUUCGAUAGACGCUUGGUACGGCAGGCUCGACAGACAUUCGACCUGAUCAAACAGCUUCCCACUCCUCACGAUAACGAAGCUGCUGCCAAACACCCGAGCCUUCUCCUUGGCGCAUACAACCUAGCCAUCAACGGCUACCUUCGUUGCCAACUGUUCGAAGAGGCCAAUACUGUCUUGCAAGAAAUGGAGGCGGGUACAGGACCAAAGCCAGACAUUGUGACAUAUAACACAUUUCUUAAUCGUUAUAUGCACAUGGGAGAUCGUGGGGCGGUGGCUAACACGUUGCAACGGAUCGCGGAGGCGGGGUUGGAUCCAGACCUCUAUACUUUCACGAUUCUGUUCGUCGGAGCGAGCAAAGACCGCGAUUUAGAGAUGCAAACGGACAUCAUCAAGCGGAUGCAGGCCAUGCACCUGCAGCCAGGCGUCGAGCUACUCUCGGCGGCGGUGGAUUCCAUCUUUAACGGUGGCACCAGGGAAGCCCUCCCAGCAGCUAUCGCCUUCCUUGAGCGUAUGGAGAGAAAUCCUCGUGACAAUAGGAGACCAAAUCUCGUUACAUAUGCCACAUUCCUGCAUGGUAUUGACCGACUAAAUGAAGCAGGUGCCAUUACCUUUGGGGAAUUCAAAUACUAUGCCGAAGCGAUCUAUCGACGGAUAAUCAAGCGAGGUUUCACUCCAAAUCGGGCCGUUCACCAUGCCAUGAUGCGAAUGUACCUUAAAGAUAAAGAACCUCAGGCGCUCAAGACUGCCCUAUCUAUAUUCAAUGAACUCAAGCAAGCGCAAGCGCUCAAUACGGAUUCAUGGCACUUACUUUUACGUGGACUCGAGAUGCGAGGAGAGCGUGAGCUCGCCAAACGGAUGGUCGAUGAACUCAAGAAUGCCACCUCGGAACCACUGAAGAGCUCACUCCUCCGUCUGAUCGAGCGGAUUUCUGCGAGAUAA